AAUAAGUCCAUCCGUGACAUUUCCUGGCUACUAAAUAUUCCACGCUCAACUGUUAGUGUGAUUAUAACAAAGUGGAAGCAACUGGGAACAACAUCAACUCGGGCACCAAGUGGUAGGCCACGUCACAUGACAGAGCGGGGUCAGCGCAUGCUGAAGCGCACAGUGCGCAGAAGUCGCCAACUGUCUGCAGAGUCAAUAGCUAAAGACCUCCAAACGUGGUGUCGCCUUCAGAAGAGCUUCAUGGAAUGGGUUUCCAUGGCCGGGCAGCUGCAUCCAAGCCUUACAUCACCAAGUGCAAUGCAAAGCGGCAGAUGCUGUGGUGUAAAGCAUGCCACCACUGAACUCUAG